AAGUCUUCAUUCUUGCGGGAGAACAGUUCCGAUCCAAACGGGGCGGUAUGUCAACCUCGUGGCACCACGCAGUCGCCUGCGUCCUCUUCUUCUGUUCCUUGGGCUUAAGUAACCUUGGAUCCGUCAGUGGGCAGCAGGGAAUUGUUUCGGAUGAGGACGAUGAGGAUCCAUUUGGACACAGAGGCGUUGAUUCGCAAUUCAGGAUGCCAGACGUAGCUGGAAGGGCGCAACGAGUGCAAAGAAAUCGGAAGACUUUCGGAGGAAAGCCGUACGAAGUACAAUCGCACAACUACGGACAUCACGUUUCAGAACACCAUCAUAAAUCCGUUUCAAUUCACCACGAAAGGCGGCAAAACGUCCACGUCUUCUCCCAAGGAACAAGGUCAAAGAACAUAUUGCCACCCGGACAGGCGUUAGACGCUUGGCAAUCGCAGCCAGCCGAAGGCGGUCUGCAAACACGGCGAGUUCAAAACAGUUGGAAAACACAUCAAAUGAAAGGCGACAGACAUGUUGAAAUGGUCAAAGACAUUUGGCAACCACAACGAUUCAGGGUCGAUGGCCAGCAAAGAGUCGACGGGGGCUCGAAGCCGCGGUCUGUCAAGCGUGGACGGCAAGAAAAAGGAAAGAAAGGCCGCCCACGAAAAGCGAAGGGCAACAGUCAGCAACAGACAGUCCAAGCAGACUCAAAACACUGGCCCGUCAAGGGUGAAAAGGGAAAUUUCAAAGGCAUCAGGCCACCACGGCAAAUCAAACGCGGAGGGCAGCAACAAAGAAUAAGAGACGUAAGGCUGCCAUGGCAAUUAGACGGUAGCGGGCAACAAAAGAACAGAAUGCGCAAUCCAAAACAGGACGUCGGGCAAGGCGAAGCUUCGGUCAAGGGAGGGGUCAAGGGAGGAGGACAACAACGCAAAGGAGGACAACGUCUACGGCCAGGCAGGUUUGGAGGACAGAAAGGACCAGUGAAGGGUGGCUGGAAGCAAGGCAAGGUCCCACAGAAGGUCAAGGGACUCCUUCAACAGAGAACACUCCAAAUGCGGCACGUCAAGGUGGACCGGCAGCAUCGCACAUUCAAAGGUGACUGGCAAGAACGGACAUCUAGUGGAGGUUUUGCACCACUGCAGCUCAACAGCGAAGGGGGACAGCGGCAACUGAGCGUUUACCAAUAGCUUGAAAAAAUAUCCGUGUAUUUAAUCACCUUAUUGAUAACCGUUUACGCGUAGCUCUUGCAGGUGUUGAUGUCAUGUCGCUUGCAGGUACUGAAGUGGUAAUGAAAACCCUCAACAUACAGGUCUUCUGGUAAUGAAUGAUUUCCUUUCUUGCCUGACACUGUAGCGCUUAUUUUUGCAUGUGAAAUGGCAAAUACACUCACGUUCUUGUGCAGUUUA